AUGCCAUACAGUCUCAAAGGGAAGAAUGUGCUCGUCGCGGCAGGCUCAAGGGGUUUGGGUGCUGUGAUAUGCCAGAAAUUCGCAGCUGAGGGGUGCAAUGUAGCUAUUAACUACCACUCAAACCAUGAGGUUGCGGAAGAUCUUGCCAGUCGAUUAGAGAAAGAGUACUCCAUCAAGUCCAUUAUUCUCCAAGGGGACUCUGAACUCCCAGAGGACAAUCAACGCAUUGUUCAAGAGGCGAAUGAGCAAUUAUCGGGCUUGGAUAUUGUUAUUGCAAAUGCUGGGUGGACUCGGUUCGCUGAUAGGCGGGACAUUUAUGCCUUGUCUUUCGAGGAAUGGGACAAGGCAAGAUGCAGCCUGGCUUGUUGGAAAGUGAACGUUAUGUCGCAUUUACAACUCAUGCAAGCGGCUAAGCCGAUAUUUGAGAAGAAUGCGGACGGUGGGGUUUAUAUAAUGACUUCAUCUAUCGCUGGGAUCACUCCGGACGGCAGCAGCAUGGGCUACUCGGUGACCAAGGCCGCUGCUUUGCACCUCAUGAAGCAUCUUGCGUUGUCCGUGGGACCAAAAAUCCGUGUCAAUGCUGUUCUACCGGGACUAUUGUUGACGGAUUGGGGUAAAAAGUACGGCGAGACGACGAUUGAGUGGCUCAAUCAAAAAGCCAUCUUAAAGCACGAGACCGACCUCGAUGAUUGCGCGGAUAUGUUUGUCACUUUGGCAAAGAAUACAUCCAUGACUGGACAGCAGAUUGUCGUCGAUUCGGGACUGUCCAUGGGAACUCCUCCUAGCAAAUAG